CGAGAUCAUUCAUUUUCACCUUCACAUCGAGCGAGAGCGCAUCAUCUCCAACAACAUGGAGAUGCACGACGAGCUUCUCGACAAUGAUUCGAAUGCGGACGACAAGCUCGCCGACGGCCGCUCGCUGAUCAAUGGCGUCGCCGUCGAUUUGCCUGGCACGCCUAGACGACGCCCGUACGUCGCGUUUCUCAUGUGGCUGGGCUGCAUUGGCUACGUCGCCUUCCUCUGGGGCAUGGUCGCCAUCUCCGAGCAUGCCCUGCCCGACCCGUUGCCCGCUUCCGCCAGCAACCGCUUGUUCUCCGAAGGUCGGUCAUUCCCAUACCUCCAAGACUUGGUCAACAUCUCCUACAGCUCUGUGGAUGCAGGCGUGCGCCAGGAUGGCAACUACCCGAUUGUGGGUCGGCUGGCGUUCGACGACACGGCGCUCAGCACGGUCGACUACAUUGUCGCCAAGGUGUGUCGCGAGCUCACUGCAGCGUAUCCAACCUUGACGAGCUCGUGCAACACACUGCCUGGCUUCAAUCCACGACUCUGGCCAACUCACCUGCCCGUGCCGUGGAAUGCUUCUGUCAUGUUGCCGGACGGCCUCACGCACGUUGCCAUCAGCGUGACGGCCACAGCUCGCGCCUUCCAACAGCAGAGCGGCUCGCCCGUUUAUAUGAGCUACGCAGAGCUCGUGAAUGUGGUGGUCGGGGUUUCCUCGGGCGCCCAUCCCUCGUUGGUCUCGUCGCUUGUGGUCAGCGCGCACUUUGACUCUGUUCCGUACUCGCCCGGUGCAAGCGACAAUGGCGCCAACGUGGCCGUGCUGCUCGAGCUCUUCCAUAGCUUGCUGUACAAGCCCCCGACUCAGCACGCCGUCAUUCUCUUGUUCAACGAGGCGGAGGAGUGCGGUCUGUUUGGCGCGGAUGCGUUUGUGAAUGCGCAUCGCUGGGCACAAAACAGCAAGACAGUCAUCAACUUGGACUCUGCCGGCGGCUGGGGCCCUCUGGGCAUGAUUCAGCUCGGUCCGCGUCAAUCGUGGCUGGCAGAUGUGUACCGUGACAACGUGCCUCACCCGUACGGCAACUCGCUUUCUGCUGAUGUGUUUGGAACGAGCGUCGUGCCUUCUGGCACCGACUUUGAGGUGUUUGUGCGCGGCAACAUUGUCGGCGUGGAUUGCGUCUUUCUUCGCGACGGCUACCAGUACCACACUGGCCUCGAUGGACUCGCCGACUAUGCCGCGGGUACGCUGCAGCACGCUGGCGACAAUGUCCGUGGCAUGAUGGACGGCAUCCUCGCGUCGGACUACAUGGCCGGCUACACUGCCUCCAACACCAAGGCCGUCUGGAUGGACAUUGUGGGAACGGCUUUUGUCGCUUUCGACGCGCCCAUGUCGAUUGGUAUGCUCUUCCUGUCCAUGUCGACCUCCGUUGCGUGUGGCAUUGUCUUGCUCUUCAUCUUCCGAGACCGGUAUCCAUCCCGCCGCAGCCUUGGGCACCACCUCAUUGUCCCUUUCUUGCUGGGCUUUUCGUUCGUGUUGCUCUCGCUUGUGGCUGCGGUGGUCUUGCCGCUGGUGGCCGGCGCUGUUGUUGGCAAGCUCAACACGUUUGCGUGGUACUCGAACAUUCCGUUCGCCGUCUUCUUGUUUGGCUCGUGGUCCAUCCUGGGCAUCAUUCUCGUUCAGAUUGGCUACCGCUCGGUCCUUUUGCGCUUUGAGUCGAGCGUGGGCCCCUUUGUCAUUGAGGCCACUUGCUGUUUGGGAGUUGCCACCUUCUUUCUGCUCUUGCAUGGCGGGCUCGUGACGGCCAACGUGGGUUCGUCCUUGCUCUUCUUCUGGUGGAGCAUCUUUUUCGUGAUGGCACUUGUUCCGUACCUCGUGCUGGCUGGAUGGACGUACGAUCCCAUCCGGGUGCGCUUCUUCCACUUCCGCAUUGAUCCCCGCGACAUUCGCGUGUGGCUGCCAUUCUACCUGAUCUGGACGCUGCUCCCGCUUCUUGUCACGAUGAGCACGGCGUGGCGAGUGGCGGUGGCCUUCACGCCCUUUAUGAAUCGCUUUGGCGUCACGGGCGACACGGUCAUUCUGGACGUCUUGUAUGCUGGGUUGAUUGGUGUUUUGGUGGCCUUCUUGCUCUUGCCAGUCACCCUGGCCUUCUCGCAUCGCGCGCAGUAUCGUUGGAAGUCGGCCAUCGGCGUCGGCGCCAUCGCAGUCAUCAUGGUGGUGGUCGCUUGUGCGGGCGUCUCGCCAUACACGAGCGAUCGCCCUCGGCGGGUCGACGUGACGCAUUUCUGCGACCUGGGUGAUGGCAGCACCACGCCGGCGUGCACGCUGUCGCUCGGCGCACCCAAUCCCGGCUCGCUGUCCACCGUUGUCCACGCCAUGACCACAUCCAUGCCGUUCACGAAGGGCUGCCAAGCGCUCGCAUACAAGUACACAACGCAACCUGCCUUGUGCUACGAUGGCCACGUCCCGGUCUUCAAUGUGACCCAACCGACCGUCACUGUCGAAUCGCUGCUCGGCGACUCUCCAAGCGCGGGAUCUGUCAAUGUGUCGUUGUCCAUUACUGCACCUGCAGCUGCCGUGCUUUUGCUGCGUUUCUCGGCUUGGUCUGCCGCGGGCAGCGCCGCCUCGCCUGACGCCACGCUGACGGCAUGGUCGCUGUCACCCACCGUCCCUCCCAAGCCUUCAUCGUCUUGGUCGACGUACCUGAGCACUGGCCUGCAGUACGGGCUCAUCCACCGGCGCCGGUCGGAUACAUUCUCGCUCUGGAUGGUCUUCUCCGGCCAGCCAGCCAGCCUGUCUCUUGACCUCAUCUCCAGCUACUCUGCCAACUCGCCUCUCCAAGCUCAAGCUGUCAAGUCUUUGCCAGCCUGGGCACGGACGUGGGGCAAGUCGAACGCGCCAGGCCCACUUGCCUUCCGCAUCACCCAAAUUGUUUCCCUCCCUGCGCCCUUCUCUGGCAGCUCUGCGGCUUUGCCUCAAGAUUCCUAUCAGGCUCCUCUUGAAGAAAAGGCGCUAUGUCGUUCCAACGAUGUGUUGUAAACCAAUCGGUGGGGGUGUUUUGUAGAUCUCAGUGGAAGAAAGAAAGAAAAAAAAAGUACAUGCGUUUUCAGUUUGUUCGAAUCGCGGUGUGUGUGUGUGUGCGUAUUUGUGUUUUAUUUUAGUUUUUCGUCCA